AUGGGAAGAAAGGAAUCAUCAGCCAAGGGCCAGAGGUCUUCCACGGCGGCUCAGACAAACCCUCAGACGACACAGCCUUCUCAGAAAUCUAAAUUUAGAAGGCUUUCAGCUAGACAGCGACGAGGGACUGCCCCCAGGGUCUGCACCCCCACGCCCAUCCUCCCCUCCCCCAGCUCCACCCCGCCUGUCAGACGCCGCGGCCGUCCCGGCUCUGCCGGCGGAGCCGACCUGGGCCCACGCCGGGAGGGCGGCGGCGUGGACGGCCCUCCCGGACUCGAGACCGCCGGAGGGGCUGAAAGAGGAGCCGACGGCGGGGAGCCGGUCGGGUCGGUCCUCGUCUCGGAACCUGGGGCCGCGGCAGGGUGGGAGCGCGGGCUGCCCCCGCCCCCCAGGCCAGAGAGAGCCCCUGGCCGCGUCCCCGGACACAGACAAAAGGACCGACAGCCGGCGACCAAGAAGCGAGCGAGGAGCCCCUGUAUCCUCAGCCUGGCCCCGGAAGGAAGGAGUCGGGGGUCCUUUUACCCGGCGCCUCGGCGCUCCGCGGCGCUCCGGGUCCCUGGGCCCCGCCUCCGGACAGACGGACCGCUGGACAAUGGGCCCGAGGCCACAGCUCAGGCCGGCCGGGCCGGGGCUCUCCGGGACUGGGCCUCGGCAGGCGCAGGGCGGCUCCGGGCCGAGCCGGUGACGGGGAGCCGAGGGGCGGCGCUGCAGAUGGACAAAGCCAACGGCAGACAGACAGACGGAGGGGGAAAAGAUGGCGGCGCGGGAGGCGGGAGCGCGCUGCUCGCGCACCCGCGGCGAGUGGGGCGCGUGCACGAGCCUCUCCUCUCCCCCUCCCCCCUUGUCCAGUUAGGCCCCCCUCCCCGCUCCCCAGGCGCGCGCCCAGUGGCGUGGGCGGGGCUUGAGGGGAGACGGGGGUCCUGGAGGCGUGACUUAGGGGAGCACCCAAUCACAGAGUGGCCUCGCCUCCGUCCUCGCGCCCUGGAGACCACCCAGCGUCCCACCCGCCUUCAUCUCUCUCUAGCCCUCUUAGAUCCUCAGCAACCGUACGCCCUUCCGAAGAAUGCCUAAAGCUGCCUCUUACAGCUUACUUGGAGGAGUAGGGAAUGCAGUGGAAAGAAGAUGGAAUCUGGUAUUAGAAGAUCCAGCUUUGAGUCUCAGCUCUGCCACUGAUGAGUCUGACGACUUUGGGCAAGUCAGUUCCCUAUUCUGAGCCUCUGCUUCAUAAGACAAAAUGGAUGAUACUGUAAUAAUUUCCAGUUUCUAUUCUCAUAGGGUUGUUGUACUGAGUAUGUAAAACGAACAUUUGAAAGCAUUAUGCAAAUAUUCCUAUGAUUACUUGCCCCACGAGGGCAGAGCUAAUGAGGAUGAUGACCCUUGCUUAUAAAAUAAGUCCUUGUGUAUGCAUAAAGUCUCUUGCAAAUGUCCUUUUCAUAAAUCUCCAGUGAGAUGAGACCAUUGCCUGCAUUUUGUGUUUAAUGUGAAAGAAUGGCUGUAUCUUGCUUGUUCACAACUCUGUAGUAAAUAGCUUAUUCAUUCAUUCAUUCAUUCAUUGUGUCUGGGAUAUGUAGGUAGGAAUUAUUAUUCUUUAACUUCAGUUAAGGAAACAUUCUCAUUUCAUUGUAAAUUUUAAUUCCUAGGUAGCCAUAAAAUUGAAUAUUUUCAUUCAACCAAGAAUGCAAGUUGGAAUAAACAUGGGCUUUUAAAAUUAACAGUAUUCUUGAUGAGUUUAGACAGAGGUGUACAAAUACGGUUUUAUUAUGUCACUUCAAAGGUGACAUAGUUGACAUGUUCAACAUGGAAGUACCUAGCAGAUAAAGCAUUAGAAGAAAGCCUCUGGUGGAAUUUCUUGGCUUCGUUGGUAAGUUACUGUGUAAAGCUGGGCAGCUUGUUCCAUCUCCUUGAGUUGCAAAUAAAAUGAGAUGGGGACUCGAUAAUAAGAGUGAAUGUAAUAACC